AAGAGAUACCCAGAAUCAAGACUUUGUGAGAGGUAUGGUGAAGCUCGCGAAUGGUUGGAGAGAAUGACGCUCUGUAAGAAAGUUCAAAGACUCGGCCCAAGCCUUAUCGAUUUGAGACCUUUCCACAAGCGGUUAGAACCAGCAUUUUCGCCGGCGCAUCUUAAUUCACUACACGGAUCAUCGACUCGCCGGUCACGCCUCUCUACAGCUACCCCCACCAUGUCUCUUUCAUCACCGCUACGGCACACAGCCCGGCUGUUUCAAUCAUGGACAUGCUCCUCGUGCUCUCACUACGUGUCACGACCGACCUUGCGACUGGUGCGCUCAUCGAACACAGGAAUCGUACGACCACGAAGAUGUCUCAACACCUCGAACGAUGCGAAACAGAGCUCAAUGCCCUCAAUGGACACGAUGCAAGAGCGAUAUAAACAGAAGAAUAGGACGACUCUAAACUACGUUUUUAGUAUAAUUUUGGGAACCGUUGCGCUUUCAUAUGGCUCUGUACCCAUGUAUAAGAUGAUUUGCGCAACCACAGGCUGGGGUGGGCAGCCCAUUCGAUCAGCAUCCCACGGCGGCGACCCCGACCAAGACCCUUCAGAGCGCCUCAAACCCGUCGAAACGCACCCUCGAAUUCGAAUUACCUUUAAUGGAAUGACUUCAGAUGUGCUUCCAUGGAAGUUUGUGCCUCAGCAGCGCGAAGUGCGUGUGCUGCCCGGCGAAACGGCGCUGGCUUUUUACACGGCCACAAACACCUCUAAGGAAGAUAUUAUUGGCGUCGCGACCUACUCGGUUACACCGGGACAGGUCGCCCCGUAUUUUAGCAAGAUCCAGUGUUUCUGCUUCGAAGAGCAGAGAUUGAAUGCAGGCGAGACUGUAGACAUGCCGGUUUUCUUCUACAUUGAUCCCGAGUUUGCAUCGGAUAUCAACAUGAAGGGUAUUCUGACAGUAACUUUGAACUACACAUUUUUCAAAGCCAAGUAUGAUAAGGAUGGUCAUUUGACACCUGUAGCUAGUUAA